GUGCCAGGGGGAUGCUUCCUUGCAGUUUCUUAUUCAGUCGAGUUUUCUACCUUUACUCUUUAUAAGUUCUCGUAAGAAACUGCAAUCCCUUCCACUCUUGUAUCAAAAUAAAAAACACGGAAGAAACUGCAUUGGGCGCUAUUGAAGGCUGAUCAAGAACUAAAGCUAGCCCAUCGGGAGGAUCACAAAUUGAACGGAGGAGGACGAGAGGGUCCACAGAUCGGAGGAGGAGCAGAACCCAUCGGUCGUUGGAGCUCCGACGAGUCUCCUUCCCCUUCUCUUUGAUUGUUUUUUUAAUUAAUCAUUUAAUUAUUUAAUUGUUGGGUUUAUAAUUGUUUUUAAUUGAAUAAAAGUUCUGCUUAAUUUAAAUAAUGUAGCUGAUCAUAUGAUGUCACUUAAGUUGAUAUAUAAUUAUGGUGCAAUUACUUAGUGAAAAUAACAUUAUUGCUUAUAUAAUGUUUGAUUUACCAUUUUUAUCGGCUAAUGUUUGCACAUCUUUCAGGAAAAAGUUGCGACUGGGGAUUCAUUUCUGCGAUUUCAAUACAACUCUCUGCCAGUGGUCAACAUGAGAAGACGAAAGAAAUGUACAACAAGGUUGUUGAAGAUGUCAUUGUGGAGCAACUCCCGGAAGAAAGUGAAGAGGAUUUGAGAGUCAGAACAUUCACUGAGCUAUUCAGGAAACUUCCCUUCCCUGACCAGAAUCAUUUCUUGUCCACAAUUAUAAAGAAAUUCAAGCGCGAGCGGCAAAUUGGCGAGUUGGUUUCUUGGUUCAGUACUCAACUAGAUGCCAGUGAUCAACAAGAGCUGAUUGGAGAAUUGGUUCAUGUUAAAGCUGAUGACGAGACAAUCACCAAUGAGGAUUUGGUUCAAAGGACAAAGCUCCUAUGGCCAGUGGCGGCUGACGAACAACUCUGUGAUGGAGUUAUAGGUGUUAUAAUUGAGAAACUUGAAGACGAAAGUGAGGCGGAUUUCAAACUCAGAAGAUUCACCGAGCUAUGUAAGAAAGUUGUUGACUUCGGUGUCCAAGUUCAGUUCCUUGACAGUGUUGUACAGAAGCUGCUGGAACCACGAAGAUGUCUUCCACACGGGGUGCUCCUUCAGCCUCAAGAUUCUGCAAGUGCUGCUGAAUUGCUCUGGCAGCUCUCAAGUUUUGGGUUCAGUUUACUGUCCAUCGAUGAUCAACAAGACAAGAUUAAGCAAAUCUCUAAUAAAAUUUCUGCUGAAGCUGUCAAAAGACAAAGACUUGCAGGAGAAAGUGAGGAAGAUUUGAGACAGAAAACAUUCACAAUGUUAUUCAAUAAAGCUCCAGUCUCUACACGAGUUAAUUUAUUCGAGGAGUUAACGGACAAAUUCUUUGGCGAAAGACGCUUGUGUGAGUCAAUUCUUUUGUUCAGGCAACAUGGUUCCAAUGAUCAACAAGAGAAGAUUGAAGAAAUGUUUGGCGACUCAGGGAGACUGGAAAGCAAGGAUGCCAAAAAUGUCAUACUCGAGAAACUUGAUGAGGAAAGUGAGGAGGAUUUUAGGCUCAGAAGAUUUAUAAAGUUGUGUAGUACAGAUACCUGCCUUUUGGAUGUCUUCAUGUCGGAGGAAGAUGAGAAGAGGAAUUCAAAAGGUCUACAGCUGCAGAAAUCAGGUUAUGAAGAGAUAGACAAAAUCAAACAGUUUCGAUAUGCUGAAUUUUACAUUGGUUUGUCAGUAAUUUGGUUCAAAACACGAUGCGCCAAACAUCCAGGAAAUCCCGUUGAAGUACUUGUUAGUAAUGUUGGAGAAGGUGAUCACGACGUUGAGAAACUCCAACAUGAGACUGAGGAGGACUUCAGGCUCAGAAGAUUUACAGAAUCGUUUAAGCAGCUUGAAUUCGGUUCCCACGAAUAUAUCGUGGAUUAUAUUAAAAGCACAUUCGGUUCCCAGGAAUAUAUCGUGGAUAAUAUUAAAAGCACAAUAGUUCAUGAUCUAGGUUACCACAAUGAUGAACCCCGUUUCAAGCUCCUGAGUGGACCGAGUCUCGGUCUGACUUCGGACGAUGAUGAAAGGCCUCCAUUUUCUUUAGAAUUCAGCAUGGUGAAAAGUCCAAACCUAAGAGGAGGAGGAGUAGCAACGACUCAAGGAGGAGGAGGAGGAGGAGCAAUUACCCAAGGAGGUGGAGAUGGAGCAAUUACACAAGGUGGACAGGGGACAAGUCAACAAUAGAUGAUUUGCAACCAUGUCAUCAUGGAAGAAUCGUUCAAAUAACUAUAUUUAGCAUUUGACAAGUUUUUAAAUGUAGUAGGAUUAUUUGUAUGUCAUCAUUUCACGCCUUACAUUGCAUGUGAUUGAUGCUUGCGGUAGGACUCCUAUGCUCCCUCACUUUCGCGUUUCCUCCUUACUGGUAAUUACGCAAAUUAUGCACUGUGGAAAUAUCUGGUUGAACUUGUAACACCACGUUAGCUAGCUGAGUAGUGUUACGGUCCCAAAUAAUUUCUUGUCAUAAGUUGUGCAUCAAAUCAUCGACUUUGUAAUUGCAUUACAAGUUUAAAAUCUAAUUACACA